AUGUCUUCAUUAAAUCAAGAUUCUGUUAAUUAUCAGAAUGCAAUUCAUAAUGUUCAGGCGUUAGAUGAUUUACAAAUAGUUGAUGACCAACCCUGUAUAGAGGGUAAUUCGCAACCAUUACAAUGUUUUGCUUCUCUUGAUACAAAAUUUGAAGAUAGAGGAGCUUUUAUUACUGGAUGUUCAAAAUAUAUUGAAGAAGCAAAUCGUCAAGCAGAAUUUAAUGAAAUGCUAAAUAAAGGAUUUCAACAUGCUGCUAAUUUAUAUACUUGGAGAUGUUGUUCUAGAGCUGUUCCAAUGCCUAGAUCAAAUGAUCAGCCAAAUAGAGUUGAAAUAAACGAAAAAAUAGUUCAAGUACUUGGACCUGAAGUUCAAAAAUUGAAUGAAUUUAUGAAAUUUACUUCUUUGUCAAUUGAUCGUUUUAUUGAAGAAUUUCAAUCAAUUUCUCAUCCAGAAAAACGUAAAGAUUUUGUUUCUGAAUCUCUUUUACUAAUGAUUGGUAAAUUAUUAAAUAUGUUUGUUGUUUUGGAUGCCUUAAAAGAUAUGAAGGUUUUUUUUGUAAAAGUUGGGUUUGUGUUGCACUUUUUUUCAUUUUUUCAUCUACCUAGAAAAAAAAAGAGGAAGAAAUGUUUUUCCGUCAUUUUAGAGGUUUGUCGAUAG